AAGGGGUCUUCCUCAUUUUUCUCGUCUGAAAAAGAAGAGAGCACAACAGGCAUCCCUCUUCUAACCUCCUGAUGAUGGCACUCAACGGCGGUUGGAGAAAGACCUUCGUGUCCAUCCUGACGACAUGCUUUCUUGUGGUGGUUGUAAUUGUUUCCCUAUCCUGCGAAGCAAAAGGCGGCGUCGUCCCCAGGUUGCGGCCACCAUUCUGCUUUCCAUACGAUCGUGAAUACUGCACGCCAUUUCACUGCGGCAAAGUUUGCCAAGAGUACAACUUCCCUGCUAAGAAUGGCGGCUACUGCGAUAAACGUGGUGACCCAUGGAAGUGCUGCUGUCCAUAUUGAAACGUACAAAAUGCAUGCAUCCAUCCGUGCUGCUACCUGAUCGAUAUACAUGUCAAUCAUCAUCAAUAUAUAUAAUGAAUGAAUAAAAUGCAUGUGUUGGAAAA